UGCAUACAAGGGUGUGUAGCAGGCUUAGACUACUAGCCCACAAUGCUGAUGUAGGGGUGAACACCAAACACUGAAACUCAGAGACUCCCAGUCAGUGCCUUCUCCCAGACUAAGAGAACAAACCAUGAGAUUUACAUGACCCUGUCAGCAGGAAACUGGGCCUGACCCUCACCCCUGAAUGCCAGUCUUGCUACAGGAAGUGAGAGAAGUCAGAAGAACAUCAGUGCAUAGAUUUUGCUUUGCGUUGUCUCUCCAGUGAAUUAGCUCAACUUCACAGACAUCUGCUAAGUCGGAUUUGUUUUUUUCCUUGAGCUACACACUACCCACCCAGCCCUCACAACCCAGACCCCAUCCUGCUUCUGAUCAGCCCGCACAGGGGGAGCUGCAACCCUGCAGCUGGAAAAUCCCUCCCUGCUACUGCACCAAGACCUUACAGAGCAGACACAUCACUGUGGUCAGCUUCAGACAGCUUUCUGUCUGCAUUAAACAUUGACACUGCUUACACAGCAAGCAGAAAAACACAGGCUGUGACAGGCUUUCAUGAAAGUUUAAUUGCAUUGUGGCAGUGGAAGCUGGUAGAGGGGAUUCGGGUGCCUGAUGAGGAGCCGCUCCCUGAGCAGUCCCAGUGCCCACAUCCCUUCGCAUCACCCCGAGCACGAUGGAUGACCAGGAAGCUGAGCACACUGUGCCACAGACAGAGCUCCAGGAGAUCACCAGCAAAAUUUCAGAUCUAAACAAAUGGAGAAAUGUUUUUAGUUUCCAUAGGUAAGGUUUAUAUUCAGCUUCAUCAUCAUCUGGUCUCCUGUUUCUUCACAUGCUAGCAAUGCCUCUGUCAUUGCAAGGCGGUGGCAGCACUGGCAAUGGAGUACCUGGAGCCAGAGAGCCCUUAGGCCUGCAGCCACCGGUGCCUCUGCCCCGUUCCACCAUCCCUGAGCCCCUACUGAUCUCUCCAGACGCAGGCGGCCAGCCCAUCUCCUUGGAAAUGGCAAUGAAGCUGCGAAAGCUGCUCUUUGGAAACGUGCUCCAGCUCUUCAGCUGUGAAUGGGCAAAAGCAUGUUUCAGGUUUCGCGAGCCAUACUCUGACCUGGCCUAUGCUUUGGAGACAGAAAAGGGGGGAGCAAGAGCCAUUCUGAUGGCUGUACAAGCGUACAUCAUCAAAUACCUGCUCUUCAUGAGAACCACAGAAUACACUCACCUGGAAAGGCUGUGCAGAGUAAGCCGACAGGAGCAAGGGGAGGCGCUGGCAGCUGCCCUGGCAGACACCCUGUGGGCAGCAGGAGGAGGUGAGAGAGCCGUGAUCUGCCUUGUCACCGCAGCCAUCCAUGUGGUGCCCAGCAGCGACUACAAAGCCGACAACUUCACAGAAAGAAUCCAUCUAUUUGAGUUUUCUGAGAAAGCAGCAGCUCAGGAGUUUAUCCUUGGCCAUAUAAACUGCUUCAAAGAUGAACAAAGUCAUGGAGUGAUCCUUUUUUUAUACAGUUUACUUUUCUCAAGGACACUUGAAAGGGUCCAAGAAGACUUAGACUGCACCGCAACUCCUCUGUUGAAAUGCAGUUUUGGAAACAUUACCUGUACACAGGAAGUAUUGUGGCUCAACGGUUCACCCCUCAGGGUGGGUGCAGCUGCCACACCACCAUUUUGUGAAGGGCAUUUGCUGCCUCACAGCAUGGCACGGGCUGUUUCCUUGCAGGCCGUGCUCAGCCUCCUCCUAACGGGACGAGCAAGCCCACAUGAGCUUGAUGGCAGCCAGGAGCUGGGGCCCAGAGGGGAGGGCAUCGAGGCAUGGCGGCAGCGGGGCUCGGUGGGCUACCUGCGCUGGAGCAGGGCACAGGAGGAGCAGCAGGUGUGCCCCAGGCUGAGAACACCGCGUCUGCCCAUCUGGCUGUGCAGCAUCACUGGGAGGCACAGCAUUCUCUUUGGCACUGACAGCCAAAUCCUCUCCGACUGGAAAAGGGAGAAAGUCUUCCACCUGUACUUCUACAAUGGGCAGCUGGAGCAGACAAAAACAGCCCACCUAACUAUAGGUAUGCACCCGAGCUUACCACAAGGAUAUGAGGUAUGGAUGUCACAUAGAGACCAUAUACUCAUUCGCAUCACUGGGAAAAGGACCAAAGUGAAGACCCAAGCAGCCCAGGGAAGAGGCAUUUGUCUGUGGAGAUGGCAAUCAGGACCAAGUGGGCAGGCGCGACCGUCAGCUGGAAUGGGACAGAUCCCUUCUUCUGAGGAGUCCUAG